CCCGCUCCUUGUUGCAUCAGAUUAUUAUUCGAAUAAAUAGUAUCAUUAGUCUCGUUGAUUGAAUACGUAACACUAAGUAAGCAGGGCUAGCUUUUAUGGUUGUUCAUUCUUGUUUUUCCCAUAAACAAUCUUAGUGAAACACAUUUCUAGACAUCAUUCAUCAUGUAUGUGCUUGCGAGAAGAGCUGCCUUGGUGUCUCGUACCGCUAUUUUCUUAAAUAACCAAUGGACGAUAGCCAGCCCAUUAUCCAGUCUAUUGCAAGGUACUACAACUUCAUUUCUACCAUCCAAUCCCAUUCAGACUAACGCUGCAAGCAGAAAUGUCGAUCCUACUGACAAAAAGUUCAAUAGUGCCCCUGCUGCUGAAAACAUGCACGAAGACUACGUUCCCAAAUUUCUUUACGACGAAUUGCUGAUCAAAUAUGGAAAAUUGACCGAUGCAAAAAACGAGCUUGAUUUGAUAAAAUAUCCAAUCAAACUGCGAUCGGAAAUGGAGUGGUAUGAAAAUAUGAUAGCAUCAGGAUUCGUUGCGGAUGAGACAAAAUUGCAAGGUUUUAAAGAUGAUGGAGCUAGAAGAGUUCAAAGUCGCUAUCUCAAAUGGGUGUUUACCUAUUAUGAAUCAAAACCAUGUUUCGGUAAAUGAAUUGAAGAAAUUUCUCUCGACUCCAAAAGAAGUGAAUGAUUUCUGUUUUGCAAUGGGUGAUAUAGGAAAUGAUUUGAACGAUUAUUUUGUACACGAUUUAAAAUUUUUCUUUGACGAGAAAAUACCUCCAUUUGAAGGUACUAUAAAGCCGGAGUACCGUAAAUUUAUAAAUGUAUUAUUGCGUAAAACCCCUAAAACUGUAUAAUUUUAAUCAAGUAUUUUGUUGUAUGUACUUGGAAUGUAAACUUUUUUUGUUUUACAAUCAACCUAAAGAUGUACCUAAUAAAGUUGUCGUUCAAUUUCUAAUGUUGAUAAGUUGUUCUAAAUAAGUGUAGAAGUUCUUUACCAAGUAUGAAAAUUGAGUUUAUUUGUAUUGUAGUAAGUAUAACUAAACAAGAAAAUGUGAUGUUUUUACUAUAAGGUUAUGAAUAAAUUUAAAUAAAAUUUAAGUAUUUCAAUUAUUAAAAUUUUAAAAUAUAUUACACAGUAAACAUGUAUUCUACUAUUUCGUCCAAAAGCCAA